AUGCCUCACGCCACGGAAAACAGCUCUGCGCCGCCGCCAUCUUCCUCUUUCAUUGGCACAACCUCCAGCAGUUCAAGCUCCGGCAGCUCCAUCGAUUCUGAUGCCCUGCAGCAGUUUGUUCAGCAGCAUGCCCGCGACGAUCACUGGUCGGCCUACACCAUGAGGUUCGGCGCCUCGUCGUCUUCUUCCUCCCGCUCCUCCUCUUCCUGA